UAUGUAAAUAUAGCGUAAUAGAGGCCUGAAAAUUAUAUAAACAAAUGAUUAGACAAAUUGUAAAAAAUGUUUUGCCGAGAAUUUAUAAAGCGACCAACUUAUCGCAGGCUAGACAGUUUACCUCGACAUCAGGAAUUAAAUUUAGUAAUGCAUAUGACUAUGAUGGCAAAACAAAAGUUUCGAUAUUCAACACGGAAGUGAAUCUCGGACUAAUGAUCACCGGGUACAGCCAGUAUGGAUUUCGGCUGAAUAAUGAUAUGGUACUAAUAGGACCCAUCACUGUUUUUCCGAGAUCCGUGCUUUCGUGGAACGUGAACUCCUUCGAAGACAUAAAUGAGCAGAGCUUAAGACUUUUUCCCACAUUAGAGCCAAAAUUGGAUGUACUAAUAAUUGGAAUUGGUGAUCAAAGUCCAUCAACAAGUCUUUCAAAAAGGAUAAUUGAGUUUAUGAAAAAAUACAAAAUCAACGUUGAGGUACUUCGGACAGAGCAGGCAUGUGCAACGUUUAAUUUUUUGAAUGCAGAAAAUCGGAUGGUGGCAUGCGCUCUUAUACCUCCUUUGCAUCUUACAUACAAUGAAAACGAUGUCCUACAAGCAAAGUUGAGACAAAAGCAGCUUUAUGAUUCAGAUGAAUAAAACCAAAAAUGUUAGGAUAAAAAUUA